CUGAGUGCACUAAUUGGCAAUAAUUUCAGUUCAGCUGUGGGCAAUCUAUCAUCAUGGCUCAGGAGAAAAGAAAAGUUGACUUAGGAACUGACUAUUUGGCAUGGAAGAAAGUUUAUGAACGGGAGAAACGUUUUUUUUAUAUACGCACUAAGUUUGUUCCCAACUUGAAAGGUACAUAUUCUCUCAGACCAGGAGGAGUUAAAAAAAGAUUCUACUGUAAUUACAUUUUUUGCUUCACAGCUGAAUGUAUCACUGGAAAAUCCUAUGCCAAGCACGAUGUCAUGUGUAAAGAGAAAGCAGAUCAAAAUUUUGUGAAAAUGAUAAAAGAACAAAGCACUAAGGGACCAAGAGAUCAGAGUGAACAUCCUACCACUGAAAAUCAGCGAUACGGAUGGUAUCCAGAAUUGCAGCCAGUUCAAAAAUUUGACCCACGUUUAUACCAUGCCCAUCAAAAGUCUCACAUAACUUGGCUGGCAGAACAAAUUCUCCUUGGUACUAGAGACAUGCCAAAACCACCACCCUUCACAGGAAUUCCAUUCAAAACAUAAUGACUCCAAAAAAAAUGACAAUUUUAUCAUUUCAUUUCAAAAAGAAACAAAAAUGAUUCUGUAACAAGCAAGAAGCACAAUUUGUUUCUGCAUAACACUUUAUUUUGGUAAAUUUCUGAAGCUCAACGACGAGUACUCUUAGAUUGAAUAAACAAAA